AUGUCUGUACCAUUGGAGCAAGGCUAUGUAGGCUUAGCACAGGUUCCUGCAAUGGAAGGUUCAGACAAGUUUUCUCAGAGGACUAGUGGUGGCUUGAACCUCAAGGCUACUGAGCUGAGACUUGGUUUACCAGGUUCUGAGUCACCGGAGAGAAAUGAGGGUGUGGAGAGCAAGAAUGUGCACGCUUUAGGUAUGGUCAAGAGUUUGGUGUCAGGGGCCAAGAGGGGUUUCUCAGACACCAUUGAUGGGCGUUCCGGGAAGUGGCUUCUCUCUGUGAAUGGUGGAUCUGAGGUGGGUUUGGGCAAAGAUGGUGGCUUGUUCUCUCCAAGGGGUGUUGGUGCUAGUGCUUGCAAGGCUGAGUGUACCAACCAGCAAACAUCUGUUGUGAAAGAUAAAGUUCCUGUGUCUCCAAAGUCAUUGAAUGAGAAGAAACCUCAGAUCUCUGCUCCUGUUGCAAAGGAGCAGGUUGUGGGAUGGCCACCAAUCCGAUCUUUCAGGAAGAAUUCAAUGGCCUCACAGCCUCAAAAGAAUGAUGAUGAUGCAGAAGCCAAACCUGGAUGCCUUUAUGUGAAAGUUAGCAUGGAUGGUGCUCCAUAUUUGAGGAAAGUGGAUCUCAAAAACUUUGGCACUUACAUGGAACUGUCUUCAGCACUGGAAAAGAUGUUUAGUUGUUUUACAAUCAGUCAAUGUGGUUCCCAUGGAGUUUCUGGUCGAGAUAAGUUGAGUGAAAGUAGAUUGAUGGACCUCCUUCAUGGUUCAGAAUAUGUUCUCACCUAUGAAGACAAGGAUGGUGAUUGGAUGCUAGUUGGUGAUGUUCCAUGGGAGAUGUUCACUGACUCAUGCAAGAGAUUGAGGAUAAUGAAGAGUUCUGAAGCAAUUGGACUAGCACCAAGAGCCAUGGAAAAAUGCAAAACUCGGAACUAG